GUUUACUUUCUCAGUCACAUACACACAAAAACAAACACAGACAAAACACAUUACACACACUCUCUCUUUCUGUGGGUUGGUUUUUUCAAUCUCUCCCUUUCAAAAAUUCUCGAGAUUGGUGUCUAAGAUAAAGACCACAGUCCCUUCUUCCCUGUUCAAGUUCAAGCUCUUUGCUUUCACAGAAAGAGAGAGAAAAACAAAAAAAAACCAAAGCCCACCAGCUGAUGAAGGAGAAAGUAGGCUCUCUUGGAGGAGAGAGCCUGCCUGAGAACGCUUCCAGCACCACCAAUAACAACAACAACAACAACAACAAUAACAAAGAAGCUGAUCAAGAAGCAGAACCAAAGCUACCACCUUUCUAAAAUCCCAUUUUCACAAGUGUGCUCAACAAGGCCUUAGAGACCCCAAAAACAUCUUCUGGUAUUGUAUUGUUGUAUGUAUGGCGCUUUCUAUGCACAAAGAUUCAGUGAAUAAGCAAAUGGAUUCAAGCAAGUACGUGAGGUAUACGCCAGAGCAAGUGGAGGCGUUGGAGAGAGUGUACACAGAAUGUCCAAAGCCUAGCUCUUUGAGAAGGCAGCAGCUCAUUAGGGAGUGUCCUAUACUUUCCAACAUUGAGCCUAAACAGAUCAAAGUCUGGUUUCAGAACCGCAGAUGCCGUGAAAAACAAAGGAAGGAAGCUUCUCGUCUCCAGACAGUGAAUAGAAAGCUGACCGCCAUGAACAAGUUGUUGAUGGAAGAGAAUGACCGCUUACAGAAGCAGGUAUCACACCUGGUCUAUGAGAAUGGAUACAUGCGACAGCAACUGCAGAGUGCAUCUGGAACGACCACAGACAACAGCUGUGAGUCUGUGGUCAUGAGUGGUCAGCAACAACAACAGCAAAACCCAACACCUCAGCAUCCCCAAAGGGAUGCUAACAACCCAGCUGGUCUUCUCGCAAUUGCUGAGGAGACCCUGGCAGAGUUCCUUUCCAAGGCUACUGGAACUGCUGUCGACUGGGUCCAGAUGAUUGGGAUGAAGCCUGGUCCGGAUUCUAUUGGAAUCGUUGCUGUUUCCCGCAACUGUAGUGGGGUAGCAGCACGAGCCUGCGGUCUUGUGAGUCUAGAGCCCACAAAGGUCGCUGAAAUCCUUAAAGAACGUCCAUCGUGGUUUCGUGAUUGUCGAAGCAUUGAUGUUUUGAGUGCAAUCCCUACAGGAAAUGGAGGAACAAUUGAGCUGAUAUACAUGCAGACUUAUGCACCUACAACAUUGGCUGCGGCACGCGACUUCUGGACGUUGAGAUAUACUACAAGUUUGGAAGAUGGAAGUCUUGUGAUAUGUGAGAGAUCAUUGACCUCUUCUACUGGUGGCCCAGCAGGGCCUCCCACUACUAGUUUUGUAAGAGCUGAAGUGCUUCCCAGUGGCUAUCUAAUACGGCCUUGUGAGGGUGGUGGCUCCAUAAUUCACAUUGUUGAUCACGUCGAUUUAGAUGCAUGGAGUGUUCCUGAAGUUCUCAGACCACUUUAUGAAUCAUCAAAGAUUCUUGCUCAGAAAAUGACUGUCGCUGCCUUGCGACACAUACGACAAAUUGCACAAGAGAGUAGUGGAGAAAUUCAGUAUGGUGGCGGCCGCCAGCCUGCUGUUUUAAGGACAUUCAGUCAGAGACUUUGCAGGGGUUUCAAUGAUGCUGUUAAUGGGUUUGCGGAUGAUGGUUGGUCACUAAUGGGAAGUGAUGGUGUGGAAGAUGUGACCAUCAUGAUAAACUCAUCUCCAAACAAAUUUCUUGGCUCCCAGUAUAGCACAUCAAUGUUCUCAACUUUUGGAGGGGGGGUGCUGUGUGCCAAGGCAUCAAUGCUGCUGCAGAAUGUUCCCCCUGCCUUGCUUGUUCGUUUUCUAAGGGAGCACCGUUCUGAGUGGGCUGACUAUGGGGUUGAUGCCUACUCUGCUGCGUGUCUUAAAGCUAGCCCUUAUGCCGUUCCUUGUGCAAGACCUGGUGGCUUCCCUGGUAGCCAGGUCAUCUUACCUCUCGCCCAUACUGUGGAGCAUGAGGAGUUCUUGGAGGUGGUUCGGCUGGAGGGUCAUGCAUUCUCCCCCGAAGAUGUGGCAUUGGCACGAGAUAUGUACCUGUUACAGCUUUGCAGCGGGGUUGAUGAAAAUGCUGUUGGUGCCUGUGCUCAGCUUGUCUUUGCACCUAUUGAUGAAUCCUUUGCUGAUGAUGCUCCUUUGUUGCCAUCUGGAUUUCGUGUGAUACCGCUCGAUCCUAAAUCAGAUGGGCCUGCUGCAACUCGAACAUUGGAUUUGGCUUCUACACUUGAAGUAGGAGCUGGUGGUGCUCGUCCAGCUGGUGAGGCUGAUCUGAACGGUUACAACCUUAGAUCAGUCCUGACUAUUGCUUUCCAAUUUACUUUUGAGAGCCACUUACGGGACAAUGUGGCUGCCAUGGCUCGCCAGUAUGUUCGUAGUGUUGUGGGGUCUGUUCAGAGAGUUGCCAUGGCUAUUUCCCCCUCCCGGCUUAGCUCCCAUAUGGGGCCCAAACCCCUUCCUGGUUCACCUGAGGCUCUUACCUUGGCACGUUGGAUUUGCCGGAGCUACAGGAUCCACACUGGGGGAGAGCUCUUUCGGGUGGAGUCCCAAGCUAGCGAUGCCAUCUUAAAGCAACUUUGGCUCCAUUCUGAUGCUAUACUAUGCUGCUCCGUGAAAACAAAUGCAUCUCCAGUGUUCACCUUUGCAAACCAGGCUGGGCUUGACAUGUUAGAAACUACUCUUGUGGCCCUUCAAGAUAUAAUGCUUGACAAGAUUCUUGAUGAAGCUGGCCGGAAGAUUCUAUGUUCUGAGUUCUCCAAGAUCAUGCAACAGGGCUUUGCAUAUCUGCCAGCAGGAAUAUGCCUUUCCAGCAUGGGAAGGCCAGUGUCUUAUGAUCAGGCCAUUGCAUGGAAAGUUCUUAAUGACGACGAUUCAAAUCACUGCCUGGCCUUCAUGUUUUUAAACUGGUCUUUUGUGUGAUGGAGAAAGCAGAUCCUCAAAACAUAAUAUAUAUAUUUAUAUAUAUAUAGCUAUUUAUUAUUAAGUUAUAUCUACUUUGCUUGUAGAAACUAAAAGACAUUAUGACAUAUUAGUCAUGACAGGAUCUCAUGAAAACAUUAAACAUAUCUAUAUAUAUGUACGGCUGUAUGUUAUUGUUAA